UUGCGUGAACCCCGCUUAUCAAUACACGACGACCUUGUCAUGGGGUAACUUACUGCUUACCACAACCAUUAUACCUCUAAUCGUCUUUAAAAAUUACCAUAUUUAUUAUUUAUUAUCGGUAUCGCUUUAAACUUGUCUAUUAUGAUUUAGUAUUUACAUUUUACCAUGACAAGUUAAAUAGGUAUGUCAGCAACUCGUGAUACGCAUGUCUAUGACGUAAGUAUUUCUCCAACAGACUGAGUAGUGGUGGAUUCUUCGGCGGCAGCGGCUAUUUGUAGCAGGGGCGGCGGUGGACCAAUGAGAACCGGAGAAAUGCCUACGUCACAGUACAUGGCUGGGCGGAGGGUGGGUGCGCGAUUUGUUUCUAAACCGGUAAUAUUGCUGACAUACCUAUUUAAUUUGUAAUGCAUUUUACGUUCUACAUUCUACCAAAUACUAUAGAUAUACAUAGUAUUUGAUUCUACAAUAUAUUAUUUAAUAUAAAUAUCUCAUAAUAUAUUCAUAUAUAACGUACAUUGAAUUUUUAAUGUUUAUCAACCAUUAAAAUAAGUAAUAACUCCAAAUUCAAAAUACCUAAGUGAAAAAAAAUAAUUUUAGGCGGGUAUUCUGUUACAUACUUUAAUAUAAACAAAAAAAAAAACUAAGGCCUUAGAUCAAAGUUAACCUAUUUAAGAUGUUGUCGAGAAAAAAUAAAGAUACAAGAACUAUUAAAGAAGGAGUGGUUGGAAAAUAUGUUAAAAAAGACAAGCCACCUGAAAUACCAAUUAUAAAUGUAUGGACUACAAAACCUUUCAGAAAAAAUAACCACAGCCGGACUAGUGUUUCAGAAUCCCCAAAUCUGAAUAAUACAAACCAACCAAGUGGUUCAGUUCAAAAAUUUGGUAAUGUGAAAAAUACACCAUCUCCAUCAAUGCUAAUAGGCCAUGAAGGAAAGUAUACUCCUAGUAGUUCUGUUCCUGAUUUAGCUCAAAAAUUUGCCAAUGCUAAUUUAUGGAGUAGUUCACCAGGUAUAGCUGCUGAUCAAUCAAUAAGUGUUAGAAAUUGUAGUAAUAGAUAUAUUUCCAAUGACUGCCACAUUAAUCAUCAAAUGGGAACUCACACUAGUGCCACUUGUUUGCCUUAUCAUUCACACUCAGAUUUAGCAGAGUCUUCUGUUAUUAUACAUGGAUUUAGUGACAAUACAAUUUACUCACCAGCAUUAUCACAAUGUUUCCCAACUAUUCAGAUACAACACAAAAAUGAAAUUAUUAAUACUCAUCAUUCCACUCCUGCUUUACAUAAUAUUGGACAGUCUGUUCCAAUACCUUUACAACCAGCUGGUGGGGAAGAACUCCCCUUACCACCAGGUUGGUCUGUAGACUUAACAUUAAGAGGUCGUAAGUAUUUUAUCGACCACAAUACCAAAACUACUCAUUGGUCACAUCCUUUAGAAAAAGAAGGUCUUCCUACUGGAUGGGAACGUAUUGAAAGCGAUGAGUAUGGAGUAUAUUUUGUUAAUCAUAUUUCUCGACAAGCACAAUAUGAGCAUCCAUGUGCUCCACACUAUAUUUAUCAACCAGAAGUGAGACCUCCAUUGCCACUUCUACCUCCUCCACCGCCAAGAUCUACACAUUUCCAUUCUCAUAAUAUGCUUGUGCCUGCAAAUCCUUACCUAAAUCAAGAAAUCCCUGUAUGGCUUAGUGUUUAUUCUCAUGCAGCACAAACAUCAGACCAUAAACUAAAAUGGGAAAUGUUUAGGUUACCAGAACUUGACUGUUUCAAUGCUAUGUUAACACGAUUAUAUAAACAAGAAUUAGAAGAGAUUGUUAUGCGUUAUGAAGUUUACAGAUCUGCAUUAUUAUAUGAAAUGGAUAGAAGACAUAUGCAAUCGCGAUAUAUUGAUACAAAUGAAUAUAACCGUUAUGGACCAGGGCUACGUAUUAUUGAUGUAACUAAUGAUAAUUUACGAGAAGUUGCACUUUCGCAACAUACAGAAACUAAAGUUUAAUUAUUAAGUAUUAGAAUUUAUUUUUAUAUAUUAUCAUUCAAGGUAUUUUACAUUGUUUUCAAAUACCAUUGCUUAUAAUGAUACUAUGAGUUAUAUUAACAUAUAAUUAAGGCUUUUCUACAAUACUGUGAUAAUUUAUUAAUUAUGUAAUUAUUACUAUUGUGACUAAAAUUAAAGGAUAUGGUUGAAAUAAUACUGCCCAUUAUUUGUAUUAUAAAAAAAUUAAUAGGUUUUAUUGUAUUUACUAUUUCGUUAAAGCAAGUGCUAAUAUAAUUUUUUUUAGAUGUA